CCUGACUUUCUUUAAUGCCAGAUGGGUGUUAGCGCAGUUUUAUGAAUUAUUCCCAGGAAGUUUAAGUUGCAUAUUACAUUGGGCGUUUCUCCAGAAGCCCCUGAAACCCAGCCAGGGGUUUUUCCAAGCACUUUUUGGGCAGUUUUGAAUUCAGCAUCGUUUGCAAAGUGACUUGGGUGGCCGCUGGGAGCUCAUCUUCGUGUCUCGAGACCACUGCGUGCUCCUUUGUCUGGCAGGCUUUGAACUUCAUUAUUUCCUGUUUCUCUGAGUUGGUUCCUUAUCCUUGUCUCUUGGCCUGGACUCCAGUGCCCUCCAAGAGCCUUGGGAGGCAUUCCGGGCCGUAGCGAUUUCAGAACACAAAUUCGUCAUUACUGGAUAAUCCUAAAUUCCUUUUAGAGGCCCCUGCUUUUUAGUAACAUUCUCUGUAACUUAGUGACCUUUUGUUCCCUGCCUGCUAAGGUUCUGUGUGAGCCCAUCUGCACAGGCUGUUCAAGCUCUGAUUGCUUCGCAUUUCUGCUAUCAGUUACACCACUCCCACCGUCAGCCUGACUCUCUCAGCAAACUUGUCAGAUAGUUCACGUAACAUUAUUUCAACUGCUGGCCCAUCCCUUCUGUCAAGGCCAGAGCCGGCUCCUCUCCCUUCCACUUCAGCAACUCAAGGAAACAGUCAAUUAUAGAUUUCUUCAAACGAGCCUCAAAACAAGACAGACAUAUGUUGGAUUCUCCACAAAAAUCAAACAUCAAAUAUGGAGGAAGUGGAUUGUCCGUUACUGGGACAGAGCAGUUUGAAAGGAAACUAUCCUCACCAAAAAAAUCUAAACACAAAAGGAUGCCAUCAGACAAGAGCCCUAUUUUAGAAGCUUUCAUGAAAGGUGUGAAAGAGCACCAUAAAGAUCGUGAUGUAUCUGAGUCACGUCGACCUUGUGUGUCACUAGCCUCCAAGUACUUACCCAAAGGAACAAAUAUCUAUGUUCCUCCUCCUUAUCGCUUAUCAGAAGAGAUGAAAGCGCUGAAGAAAAAACAUCGAUCUCCAGAGAGAAGGAAGUCUCUGUUCAUUCAUGAAAAUAGCAGAGAGAAGGCUGAUAGAGACCGAGGCAAGACCAAUGCCGAGUCCAAAAGACAGGCCACAGUCACAGAAGCUGACAUCUUCAAGAACAGCUCCAGAAGUCUCAGUAGCAGAAGCAGCCUGUCCAGACAUCACUCAGGAGAGAGCCCACUGGGAGCUAAGUUCCAGUUGUCACUAGCCUCUUACUGCAGAGAACGAGAACUGAAGAAGUUGAGGAAGGAACAGAUGGAACAGAGAAUUAACUCAGAAAAUUCUUUCUCCGAAGCAAGCAGUCUUUCCUUAAAAUCUUCUAGUAUGGAAAGAAAAUGCCAACAGAGACAGGAACAAAGUAAACAGAAUGAUGCCAUACCUGGAAAGAGUAACCUUUCAAACCUGGAAAAUGGACAUCUCUCAAGAAAAAGAUCCUCCUCUGAUUCAUGGGAACCUACUUCAGGCUCUAAGCAGAAUAAAUUCCCUGACAAAAGAAAAAGGAGCUCUGUGGACUCAGAUCUAAAAAGCACAAGAGAAUCUCUGAUACCAAAAGCAAAAGAGUCCUUUUUUGAAAAGCGUCCUGACGGACCACAUCAGAAAGAAAAAUUCAUAAAACAUAUUGCUCUGAAGACACCUGGUGAUGUGUUGCGCUUGGAAGAUAUAUCCAAGGAACCUCACGAUGAAACUGAUUACUCCUCUGCAGGCUCAGCACCUUCAAAUUCUGGCCACCAUUCUUCUAGGAAUAGUGACCAAAUCAGUGUGGCAAGUACCAAAGACACUAAGAUGCAUAAACCCCACUCACCUUUACCUCAGGAAAAAUCUGCAGUUAAAAAAGCUAGCAGCCUUCAGAAAACUAAAACUGCUGGCUCUGUGACAUCAAAAGAGACAAAACUUCUACCUUUACUUUCCCAUGUUCCAAGUGCUGGUUCCUCUCGGGUACCAUUAAAUACUAAAAAUUGUACUCUUCCAGUUCCUAAAAAAGAUAAAGAGCGUUUGUCAUCUAAAGAAUGUUCUGGGCAUUCUACAGAAUCCUCCAAACACAAGGAACACAAAGCAAAGACUAAUAAGGAUGAUACUAAUGUAUCUUCAGGGAGAAUUUCUGGGGAAUCUUUGCAUUCAGAAUAUGGCACUUCUACAAAGUCUCCCCCAGCUGCUUUGGAAGUUGUGCCGUGUAUCCCAAGCUCUACAGCACCUUCAGAUAAAGAGAGUUCAGGAAAUUCCAACACAGGUAGCAGUGCACUGAAAAGAAAACUAAGGGGUGAUUUUGAUAGUGAUGAAGAAAGUUUAGGUUACAACCUAGACAGUGAUGAGGAAGAGGAAACAUUAAAAUCACUGGAAGAAAUAAUGGCUUUGAACUUCAAUCAGACUUCUGGAACUACAGGAAAGCCUCCAGCUGUUACCAAGGGUCUUAGGUCUCAAUCAUCAGAAUAUACAGAACAUGGUCACAGUGGGACUUACACAAAUACUUUAGAGCGUCUGGUGAAGGAGAUGGAAGACACACAAAGGCUAGAUGAACUGCAGAAGCAGCUACAAGAAGAUAUAAGGCAGGGCCGAGGCAUUAAAUCCCCAAUCAGAAUCGGAGAUCAAGAUAGUACAGAUGAUGAAGAUGGCCUCUUGGAAGAACACAGGGAAUUUCUAAAGAAAUUUUCAGUUACAAUUGAUGCUAUUCCUGAUCAUCAUCCAGGUGAAGAAAUAUUUAAUUUCCUUAAUUCUGGAAAAAUUUUCAAUCAGUAUACCUUGGAUUUAAGAGACUCUGGUUUUAUCGGACAAAGUGCUGUAGAAAAGCUUAUUCUUAAAUCAGGAAAAACAGAUCAGAUUUUUUUGACAACACAAGGCUUCCUUACCUCUGCUUAUCAUUAUGUCCAGUGUCCUGUACCUGUGUUAAAGUGGCUAUUUCGGAUGAUGUCAGUUCAUACAGAUUGCAUUGUGUCAGUGCAAAUUUUAAGUACAUUGAUGGAAAUAACAAUUAGAAAUGAUACCUUUAGUGACUCACCAAUUUGGCCCUGGAUUCCAUCAUUAUCUGAUAUAGCAGCUGUGUUUUUCAAUAUGGGGAUUGAUUUUAGAUCUUUGUUUCCUCUGGAGAAUCUUCAGCCAGACUUCAAUGAAGACAAUCUGGUUUCUGAUACACAGACAACAUCAGGGGGGAAAGGAAGUGAAGAUUCAUCUUGUAAGCCAAUUUUUUCAGCUCUUCCCGAAACCAACAUUUUAAAUGUGGUUAAGUUUCUAGGCUUGUGUACAUCUAUACAUCCAGAAGGUUACCAGGAUCGUGAAAUAAUGUUGCUGAUUCUAAUGUUGUUUAAAAUGAGUUUGGAGAAACAGCUGAAGCAGAUUCCUCUCGUUGACUUUCAAAGCCUCCUGAUAAACCUGAUGAAAAACAUGAGAGAUUGGAACACUAAGGUGCCUGAACUCUGUCUGGGUAUAAAUGAGCUCUCAAGUCAUCCUCACAACCUUCUGUGGAUGGUACAGCUGGUUCCUAACUGGACCUCACGUGGAAGGCAGCUGAGACAGUGCCUAAGUCUAGUGAUUAUUUCAAAGCUUUUGGAUGAGAAACAUGAAGAUGUCCCUAAUGCCAAUAACCUGCAGAUAUCAGUCCUACAUCGCUAUCUUGUGCAAAUGAAGCCUUCUGAUUUGUUGAAGAAAAUGGUCUUGAAGAAAAAGGCUGAACAACCAAAUGGCACCAUUGAUGACAGUCUUCAUUUAGAGCUUGAAAAGCAGGCAUAUUACCUGACCUACAUUCUUCUUCAUUUAAUCGGUGAAGUUAGUUGUUCUCAUUCUUUUUCCUCUGGACAACGGAAACACUUUGUGCUACUCUGUGGGGCUUUGGAAAAGCACGUUAAGUGUGAUAUUAGAGAAGAUGCAAGACUUUUCUAUAGAACUAAGGUGAAAGACUUGGUUGCCAGGAUACAUGGAAAGUGGCAGGAAAUAAUCCAGAACUGCCGGCCUACUCAGGGGCAGCUUCAUGACUUCUGGGUACCAGAUUCUUAACAGGAGUUGCAGCAGCCAUAAUGUGGACCAAGAGAAACUCAAUAGGAGCCUUUCUGAAAGGAGUAGAAGGGAUUGCUGCAGAAUCCAGUGGGAUGCUAGGAAAAUGUGCAGCAGAUAUGCCACUUGAAUACCUAGUAUGAAGCUGGUAAUGGCCCUUUCUGGAGCAGAUAUGAAAUGUGAUCUGCUUAAUUGUUAGGCAACUGCCCCUUUAAAAGAGCAGAGUCCUAUAAAAAGGGGAGAAGCAGUGAGUAGUCACAUGUUUCAUCUGCCCUUAGUAACUUCUCUUGUUAGAUUGGAAACAAAUUACCUCUUUCUAGGUAGUAUGGUGGCACUUGGAUAAUCACAGGAAAUAUGGAUGAAAUGAAUUUGAACUGACUUUAGUUGGACAUGGAAACCAAGAUCAAGUUCCAGUUGGGCUUAAUUUUCCUGUUUGGUUAUUUCAGGAUGUAAGGGAAAGGUUAGAACAGAAUUUAGUAAUAAAAAGCAUGAGUCUCUCCUGUAAUUCUAAAUCAAAGAGAAGUUUCAACCCAUGCGUUUUUAUUCACUAUUCAAGAUUACAAAGGUUAGGUUUUUAAAAUGCAUUUAAACAGGCAAGAAGUGGAAGUUUGGUAUAUUGUCAGAUCCCCUUAAGGGGAAAAGGUUAAGCUAUAAAAUAGUGGCUCUGUUUUUAUGCCAGAACAUCCUUAUGGCAUUUGUUUUGUAUUUCUUUUAAGUGCAUUUAUAUAUAUUUUUUAAUACUAGUUACAUUUUAGACUCUUAGAAUUCUGGCUCUUGGAAACCAUAUUAGUAAAUGCUUAAAAAUCUAGGGAGGUUUCCAAAAACCUUGUUUCACUGAGUAUAUAACUUUGGCAGAGACCUGGGUAGUGUUUAUUCUGUGGGAUACUGUGUGCGUGCGUGUGUAUACAUAUGUGUGUGUGCGUGCGUGUGCACAUGUGCUCACAAUCAUGUGCUUGUGUCUUGGAGUUGUUGCACUUGAAAACCAUGGCUGCUCUAAAUUCUUAAACACUGGAAAGCCAUCCUUUGGUUUAAACGGUGGAAGGUUAGAAGUGCAUCUGGUUUUAGGCCAACGGCCCUUCGAAGCCUUUGAGAGUUAAUAUACUCUUACUAGCCAACUGAAAAUUUCUGUGUUGCCUGAAUGUCCCUUUUCGGAGGGUUUGUUGCCUGAAAGAAUGCCACCUUUUUGUUGUUGUUUCAUUAUCGGCGUGGGUGACCUGCUUUCUUGAGCACUCUAGUAGUAUCUCCAGUCAUGGGGGGAAAGGUGGUGGAGGGGAAAGGAACCGGACUUGAUACUUACGGUUCGAGGGGGGGGAAUACAUUUUGGAAACUUUCUACCUCUAAAUUGAGGCUUAAGAGUAAAAAACUUUUUAUCUUCAGUUUAUCAUUUGAAAUAGUAUCAGUAACUUUUGAGCUCAUGUCAAGCAUUGGGCAGUUAGAGAUUUUUAGGGAAGACUAAUGGAGUUUCCAAGAGCCCAGGCAGAAGGAGGCUCCAAGAGUCAGACCAAUGAAAGUUUUUAUUCUGUGCUGAGUUUACUGGUAAGAAUAUUAUUAUCUUGAUACUACCUCUCAAGGGUAUUGUUGCAAAAUGCCACUUGUGGUUAAAGAGAUAGAUACAAAGAGUUGUAUUUGACAGUCACUUGAAACUCUGGCAUCUAUCUGCCCAACAAUGGGGGCUGUCACUCUGUAAUUUAAUACUUUGUAGAUACAUUAUUUGAGUGUAAUUUUAUAAGUGUUCAUAUUUUUCUCAUUUUGCAUUGUGUAAAGUGUACAAACUCUCAAAGUAUAAAAUACUGCUUAUAUUGCUUGUAAUUACAGUGUGUAAAUAUUUUCUAAUUGUAUACAUUAAUGGGGGGACAAAUGGGUUAUUCAGGUUUUUUUUUAAGUGACCCUUUUGUAUUGCAGUUUCCACAGAUAACUGCCCAUCAAAUUUAAAACCACUUUGAUAUAUUUUUAUUUAACAGUUCCAGUAAGAAAAAAAUCUAUUUUUAAUUGUCUUUCUUCGUUAAAGAAAAAUAUCUUCAUCUGUCCCUUUAAAACAAAUGGCCAGACAUGAGGUUAGGCCCUUGUCUUUAUGACUCUGGUGGAGGUCUUCAGUCUCCAGGUCAUAGUCCAGUCAGUAUUUGCAUUUAGGUUCUCAUAAAAAUUAUGUGAUUCUCUUUUUACACAGUAGCCCAUGUUUUUUCUCCUAAAUCAAGUAUUUUCCUUCUCCCUCUUGCCCCCACGCUUUGUCUCCCUUCUGCUGCUAUUGCCCAUGAAUGGGACAGUGGAAAGGGAGAAAAUGUUCAUUGCACAGAAAAUGCCAGGCCACUGUGGGGGCUUGGCAAACAAAGCUUGCACUGAAUGGGUGUGUAUUUGGCAAUGUUACUGUGCCAAAAAUCACCUUGUCUAAUUUUCUGAAUAUGUAUGUCAAACUUACUACCCUUACUGCAAGCUGAAAAUCAAGGUACGUGUAUUUAUGCCUUUGUGUGUAACUGUUCGCCUUUCCUAAACUGCUUUUCUUGUAUCUGAAAAUAGAAUUCUCUUAGUGAUACCCAGUUAAGUGAAGAGGCUUUCCAUGCACAAAAUGCAUCUAUGUAGCAGCAAAAUGACAGCAUUUGUACAUUUUCUGUCUGUCUCCUGAUGGCAGUGGUGCCUUUGUCACCUUCUGGAAGGUUGGCAUUUUGUUUCUGUUUUAAAGUGCAAGUAGUAGCUUGCUUUAGACUCCACAGAAAUCUCCCCAGAUGUAGAAGAUAGAAAACAGUAUGUUGUCAUCCAGGCUCAGUUGCAGCACUUGCAUUUUUAUUUUUAUCAAAACAAAUAGUUGGUGGGGACUGGCCAGUAAUUACGUGUGGAGUCUUUAAGAAUAAUUCUUAAACUUAAAACAAAGAAAAUUUUAAGAGAUGAUCUAUUGAUGAGGGACUGAGUUGGAGAAUUAAAGGAUGACUGUCCUGGUGUCUCCUAGGACGCAGGAGUAGGACCCAGGCGGCUGGGCACGUGGAACAGAUAGCGUGAUCUGUCAUGGUGGUUUCUCAUCAGCAGUGUUGGUGCACCUCUUUGUGCAUUUAUUUUUCCCUGGGCAAUUCUGUCAGCCGUUUAAUCCACCAGCGCCUCGACAGGCAGCAAUUGCUGAUUUCUCUUUCCUUUUUUAUUUUAAGAUUUUAUACUACAUCUUGUUUAAAGUCCUAUGAAUGUAUGUGUGUGUUAUUAAACUGCUUUUUCUCAGUUUGAA